AGAAAUGACACAUUUCGAGACGCGUCCUCUCUGCAGCUUGAACUCUCCAUUGCUCUGUGGAUUCUUCCCGAUCAAGCUCGCGGUUCUUCUCGUCCAGCUUAUUGCUAUCGUGAUCCAAUUUUGCAUGCUCUACUAUAAUGGAAAUCAGGAAGAAAUCGUUUUCGUUGCGAUGGUUCUCUUGCUCGUCUUUACUAUCUCUUCCUUUGUUGCAUUCCUUGGCGAAUAUGGGACCAUGAUGGCCAUCCAUUACUAUGUCUCAUGCAUUUUGCUCAUCUGGCCGGCUGUCGUUUUCAUCAUGAAGCUCAUCAGUCUCUGUAACAAACUGUUCAUCGAAGAAAAUGCCACUUCACGCGAUGCGAAAGAUUUCAUGAAGAUCACCGCAAUUUUGUUUGCCGUCAUUUUCUACAUCUGGAUGUGCCUCCAACUCAUCAGAGUCGCAAAGUCGAGAUUGAUUCUUCCCCGCUUCACUAUCAGAUCAAACUGAAGCUGUCACUUGUUUAAAUCACCUAUUUUAUACUUUGUCUAUCUUUAUAUUAAACUGUUAAUCCAUCCUCACUAUAUUAAUUUACCUUUAAGGUCUGCAUACUGUUUCUUGUUUUGUUGAUAAAGCGAUAAAAAAU